AGAAGCCAAUUGGGAUUUUGGAUUCUGCCAGUGAUGGACCUUAAUGCUUCACCACAGCCCGAAGAAGACGAUGAUCCCUUUCACAAGAGACGUCUUGAAGACCGAACAGAAUCUGCAGUUGAGAUCGCAAGACGGGAGCGUGAAGAGAGAAGGAAAAGAAUUAGACUAGACAGGCCAAGCCGAAUGUCUCAGCCAGUUGUCCGUGAUCAAAACAACCGAGACACCAGAGUUUAUGAUAUAAGCAAGAUCCCUCAAGGUUGGCUAGAUUGUCCAGGUUUUGGUCUGGAAAUAGGAUGUAUUAUUCCUUCAAAGGUUCCCCUUAGUGAGUCUUACAACGAACAUGUUCCGCCUGGCAAGAGAUACUCUUUUAAACAGGUGGUCCGUAACCAGAGAAUAAAUGGAAGAAAGCUUGGUCUAGUGAUUGAUCUAACUAAUACAACGCGUUACUACCAUACACUAGACUUGAAGAAGGAUGGCAUCAAGCAUGUUAAGAUCGCAUGCAGGGGUCGUGAUGCCGUACCAGAUAAUGUUUCUGUGAACACCUUCGUCAACGAGGCUAUUCAGUUCAUCAUGCAUCAAAAACACCCAAAGAAGUAUAUCCUCGUCCACUGUACGCAUGGGCAUAAUCGGACAGGGUUCAUGAUAGUUCAUUAUCUUAUGCGCUCUAACCCAACGAUGAACGUUACACAGGCUUUGAAAAUGUUCUCUGAUGCUCGCCCACCUGGGAUUUAUAAACCGGAUUAUAUUGAUGCCUUAUACACUUUUUAUCACGAAAUAAAGCCUGAGAGUGUUACUUGCCCACCAACUCCUGAAUGGAAGAGGUCUACCGAGCUUGAUCUUAAUGGUGAAGCAGUUCAAGAUGAUGACGAUGAUGAUGAUGCUCCGCCUGGCCCUGUCCAAGUAAAUGUGGAAACCAAUCAGGAGACUGUGAAGAUGUCAAAUGAUGACGUUUUGGGUGAUGAAAUACCCCAUUAUCAGGAGGAAGCUUAUCGGCAAUUCUGUUAUAAGAUGCUUAUGAUGAAGAGUGGGGGAAGAGGAUUUAUGCAAUUCCCAGGCUCACACCCUGUAUCCUUAGACAGGGAGAGCUUACAACUUUUGAGGCAGCGGUACUACUAUGCGACAUGGAAGGCAGAUGGAACACGUUAUAUGAUGCUCUUAACUGUAGAUGGGUGCUAUUUGAUAGAUAGGAGCUUUAAGUUUCGAAGGGUACAGAUGCGUUUCCCCUGUAGGCUCACCAGUGAUGGACAUUCUGAUAAAGUGCAUCAUUACACUCUGCUUGAUGGAGAAAUGGUUAUAGAUAAUUCGACGAAUGAAAAAGGGCAGGCCAGGAGGAGGUACCUCGUAUAUGAUUUGGUCGCAAUCAACGGCGAAUCAUUCGUAGAGCGGACUUUUUGUGAAAGAUGGAACAUGGUCGUGCAUGAGGUGAUCAAAGGCCGUGAGGAAGAUAAGCACAGAAACCAUUGCUACAGAUACGACCUGGAGCCUUUUGGAGUACGGACAAAGGGGUUUUGGUUACUUUCUACUGUUGAGAAGCUUUUGAAAGUUACCAUUCCGUCGCUGUCUCAUGAAUCAGAUGGCCUAAUAUUUCAGGGUUGGGACGAUCCAUACGUGCCUCGGACCCAUAAAGGGCUGCUGAAGUGGAAGUACGCGGAGAUGAACUCAGUAGACUUUCUGUUUGAGAUGGGUGAGGAAGAGGGGAGUCGCGGGAUGCUCUUCUUGCAUGAGAGAGGGAAGAAAACGCUUAUGGAAGGACAUUCGGUUGAGUUUAGAGAUGGCUCGGAUCCGCCAAGUUACAAUGGCAAGAUUGUAGAGUGUUCAUGGGAUAAGGUGAAGCAAGUUUGGGUCAGCAUGCGGAUCAGAGUUGACAAAAACACACCAAAUGAUAUCAACACGGCUCGUAAGGUGAUGAAAAGCAUAGAAGACAACAUCACGGAGGAAGUGUUGCUUCAGGAGAUAAAGGAGAUCAUUCGUCUCCCAAUGUACGCAGACCGAAUUCAAAGCGACCUUCGAGCUGCUGCACGCCGAAGGUGA